AAGGCGUCCGGGUAGAGUGCGGCUAGGGAGGGAGAAACUGACCCAGAUAUGUUUGCAGUCUGGUUGCCAGGUUAGCGUUUGGUUGUAUCUGCACUAUGUCCACCUUCGAGAAGCCUCAGAUUAUUGUUCAUAUUCAAAAGGGCCUCAACUACACAGUGUUCGACUGCAAAUGGGUGCCCUGCAGUGCCAAAUUCGUGACGAUGGGCAACUUCGCCCGGGGCACCGGCGUUAUCCAGGUGUACGAGAUUCAACGCGGGGACCUCAAGCUGCUGCGGGAGAUUGAAAAGGCUAAGCCUAUUAAAUGUGGAACAUUUGGUGCCGCAUCUUUGCAGCAGAGAUUCUUGGCUACCGGAGAUUUUGAUGGAAAUCUUCAUAUAUGGAAUUUGGAAGCUCCUGAGACGCCAGUGUAUUCUGUAAAGGGCCACAAAGAAAUCAUAAAUACCAUAGAUGGUAUAGGUGGACUUGGAAUUGGGGAAGGAGCCCCUGAAAUUGUGACGGGCAGCCGAGAUGGAACUGUAAAGGUGUGGGACCCAAGGCAAAAAGGGGAUCCUGUAGCGAAUAUGGAACCUGCACAAGGAGAAAACAAGAGAGACUGUUGGACAGUGGCAUUUGGCAAUGCUUAUAAUCAAGAAGAACGUGUUGUCUGUGCUGGCUAUGACAAUGGGGACAUCAAGCUGUUUGAUCUCAGAAACAUGUCACUGCGGUGGGAGACAAACAUUAAAAAUGGGGUAUGCAGCUUGGAGUUUGACAGAAAGGACAUAAGUAUGAAUAAGUUAGUAGCUACAUCUCUGGAAGGGAAGUUCCAUGUCUUCGACAUGAGAACACAGCAUCCUACCAAAGGCUUUGCUUCUGUUACAGAAAAGGCCCAUAAAUCCACCGUAUGGCAAGUCCGGCACCUGCCUCAAAACAGGGAGCUCUUUCUGACAACGGGAGGCACUGGGAGUCUUCACCUCUGGAAGUAUGAAUACCCUACUCGUCGGUCAAAGAAAGAUUCAGAGGGCUUAGAGAUGGGAGUCGCAGGCUCCAUCAGCCUUCUGCAGAACGUGACUGUGUCUACUCAACCCAUCUCGAGUUUGGACUGGAGUCCUGACAAAAGGGGGCUCUGCAUCUGUAGUUCCUUUGAUCAGAUGGUGCGAGUGCUGAUAGUUACAAAGCUCCAGACCAUUUAACCCAAGGCUUUGAACUUGAAAUUGUCCAGAGGGUUACUCACAGAAUUUGAGUUGUGUUCUGCAUCCUCUGGCCACAUUGAAGAUGGUUGGAUUUGAGUGAUGAAUGACAGCCACAGGCACAAAGCCAGCCAGCCUCUAGCUUCUUUGGGUUUUUGGUGGCCUGACCAGCAUGCUGCUAGCAUGUGAAGGUACCACACACCAGGACCAGCUUUGUUCCUUGUUCCCAUGUUUCUACUCAAAAAAAUUAGAGCCAGGAGCUGUGGUAUUUACUUGUGAUGCCAGCUACUUAACAGGUUGAUACAGGUGGAUCAGUAUAGCCCAUAAGAUCAAGACCAGCCUGGGCAGCAUAUAGAGACCCUGCCUUUAAAUACAGUUGGUCACUGGCACUGAAGAGAUGGCUCACUGAGGAGAGUGCUGGAUGUUCUUGCUGAGGACCCAAAUUUGGUCCCCAGUAUCCAUAUCAGGUGGCUUACAACCCCUAUAACUUCAGUUGCAGGGCAUCUUAUGCCAUUUUCUGGCUGUAUUGGGCAGUGGUACUCACAGACACAUGUACAUUCUUAGAUUUCUUUUUUUUUGGUUUUUCGAGACAGGGUUUCUCUGUGUAGCCCUGGCUGUCCUAGAACUCACUCUGUAGACCAGGCUGGCCUAGAACUCAGAAAUCCACCUGCCUCUGCCUCCCAAGUGCUGGGAUUAAAGGCGUGCGCCACCACCGCCCGGCUCAUUCUUAUAAAUUUUUAAAAAAUUGUAUUUAAAUUUUGUAAAAUUUUUUUUAAAAAGACAAAGUCAGUAGUUAUUUAACUGUAUUUUAAGUUUGUUCUUUAUCUGCAAGGCUCUAUGCUUUCUCUGUACAUUUGUGCUUCCACUAAGAAUCACUUCACUUGGUCUGUAAAGUACCAGAAAGAACACGGUUCAAUUGGCCAGCCUGGAGAACUGUUUUUAGCAGUGUAACUGGUAAAAUACUGUGACUUCUAACCAUCUCUCUUUUACUCACAUAUAAGCCUUGGUUGUCUUUUGACUGUGGUAAGUGAUGAUUGAAGACUGGAAUGAUUUUUUUUUAAACCUUUUUGUCAAACCUUUAAAAUGUAUUUUUAAAAUAAACAGGUUUUUAAAAUAUG